AGUUUUAUCACCUCUGCUGCUCCCAAUUGGCUCCUGUGCAUGAUACAGCCCUAGAAAAAGACAGAUCAAUAUUAUCUUGUUAGCUUUGCUGCUGGCUGCUGUCCCUCUCUGCUCCUGUUGGUAACAUUCCACUCCGGGAUAAUAUACAGCACCCUAAUACUCGCCCAAGGACUGCGUUGGUGGCGUAAAGAUGCUGCCCAAGAUAAUCCCAACACUGAUACUGUGGGCAGUGUGCCAUCUUAAAGUUGAUGGAGUUACCACAAUCCAUCAAAAAGGCUACUGUUCCAUGUAUGAAGAAUGUGGUUUGAACCCAGAAGUGUCAGGCAGUUUGAUCAAACCUUUAAUCCCCUGUGAAUCCAAUACAGAAGCUAAGAAAGUUAAUGAGGUACACAUGACAUUUCUUAAAGAUGUCUGCCCGCAGAUGGUUACAGGAGAAGACAGUACAUAUGUCUGCUGUUCCAUCAAACAGCUGCAGAGCAUCAAAGCCAGCUUUGCACUUUCCAAAGUCAUACUCAGCCGUUGCCCAUCUUGUGCAGAGAACUUUGCCAAUAUUUACUGCCAGAACAUCUGCAGUCCUGAUCAGAGCACCUUUACCAAUGUCACCCGCACCCACACCAUGAACGUAAGUGGAAAUAUUGAACAGGGUGUUCUGGAGUAUGACUGCUAUUUCCGACGCCAGUUUGCUGAUGAAUCCUUCAACUCUUGUAAGAAUGUACGUCUCCCUGCUACAGGGGGCUAUGCUAUAGCUGCCAUGUGUGGUAAGUAUGGGGCAGAACUGUGCACUAGUCAGCGUUGGCUGGAUUUUCAAGGAGACACAAGCAAUGGACUAGCUCCAUUAGAUAUUAACUUUAAUUUGAUGGACAGUAACACAGAGAUUGGCCACGGUAUUGUGCCACACUAUAGCAGAGUUUGGAGCUGUAGUGAAGGACCAGGAAAUUCUACAGACAAUGUGUGUACCUGUCAGGACUGCAAAGAGUCAUGCCCCAAAAUACCUGCUCCAGAACCUUUACCUGACCCAUUCCAGAUAGGGCAUUUGGAUGGCUUUUUGGUAGUAAGCUUGGCUGUUUUUGCAGCUUUGUUGUUGCUCUUCCUUCUGUUCUUUGUGAUUAGCUGCUGUAUAAAUGCCAAAAAAGAAAAGAAAGAACCUAAAGAAAUCCCACGGGUUACUCGAGCUGACCUGAACUGCUCAGAGAAACUGAGUCUAAAAACCAACAAGGCACUGUCCAGAUCAUUCAGAUGGUGGGGCACUCUUGUAGCUUCAUAUCCCAAGACAGUUAUUGGGGUAUCUUUAAUUGUCGUAAUUAUUCUCUCUGCUGGUAUCAUCCUGAUCAGGCUUACCACUGACCCAGUGGAACUGUGGUCUGCUGUCAACAGCCAAGCAAGACAAGAGAAAGACUUUCAUGAUGCCAAUUUUGGGCCAUUUUUCAGAACGAACCAGCUAAUCAUCACAGCGAAGAACCGUGUUUCAUAUCCCUAUGACUCUCUCUUUUUUGGAAAACUGAACUUUAGUGGUAUUCUCUCCCCUGAUACUAUUAUGGAAAUGCUGGAUCUGCAGGAAAAGGUGCAAAACAUUGUGGUGUGGUCGGAAAAACACCAGAAAAAUGUCACUCUGAAAGAUAUUUGCUAUGCUCCCCUGAACCCUUCCAACCCGACCCCCACAGACUGCUGUGUGAAUAGCCUCAUGCAAUAUUUCCAGAAUGACCGUGCCAAAUUUGACUUGGAGGUGACACAGACAAUGUCUGGACAAACAGGCACUGUAGGAUGGAGGGACCAUUUUAUGUACUGCGUCAACUCCCCCCUGUCGUUUAAGGACAUCACAGAUCUAGAGCUCAGCUGCAUGGCUGAUUAUGGGGCCCCUGUCUUCCCGUUCCUUGCAGUUGGAGGAUAUAAAGAUGGCCAGUUCUCUGAGGCAGAGGCUCUUAUUCUCACCUUCUCACUGAAUAAUUAUCCCCGUACUGACCCUCGCUUUGACUUUGUGUUGCUUUGGGAGAAGAGGUAUCUGGAGAUCAUAAAGGAAUAUAAGGAGAAUCCCAAAAGCAACCUGACCUUUGGUUACAUGGCUGAGCGCUCCCUUGAGGAUGAAAUUAAUCGAACCACCACAGAAGACAUUCCCAUCUUUACCAUCAGCUACCUGGUGAUCUUCAUCUACAUAGCGUUGGCCCUGGGCGAGUACAGCAGCUGCCGGCGAGUGUUGGUUGACUCCAAGGUGACUUUGGGUUUAGGAGGGAUCCUUGUGGUCCUUGGAGCAGUAUUGUCAUCCAUAGGAUUCUACUCAUAUAUAGGAAUUCCAUCCACAUUGAUCAUUGUGGAGGUCGUUCCCUUCCUGGUGCUGGCAGUUGGAGCAGACAAUAUCUUCAUCUUUGUUCUAGAGUUACAGAGAGAUGAUCGAAGACCUGGAGAGCGGAGGGAGGAACAGAUUGGAAGAGUUCUAGGCAAUGUGGCCCCCAGCAUGCUGCUGUGCAGUGUUUCUGAGUCCUUGUGCUUCUUUUUGGGUGCUCUCACAAAGAUGCCCGCUGUCCGUACCUUUGCCCUGAAUGCUGCACUUGCCAUCCUGCUGGACUUCGUGCUUCAGAUCUCCAUGUUUGUUGCUCUUGUGUCACUAGACAGCAAAAGACAGGAGGCAUCACGUUAUGACAUCUGCUGCUGUAUUAAGACCAAAACUGAAAAACCCAAGAAGAAAUCCAAAGGACUGUUGGUCCCAUUCAUGAAAAAAGUUUAUAGCCCCAUACUGUUGAACCCAGUCAGCAGAUUCAUAGUAAUGGUGGUAUUUAUCUUUAUGUUUUGUGCUGGCCUCUAUUUUAUGAUGCACACUCGUGUGGGUCUAAAUCAGGAGCUCUCAGUGCCACUGGACUCAUACGUCCUGGAUUAUUUUGAUUAUCUUAACAGGUAUUUGGAGGUUGGUGUCCCCACCUAUUUUGUUACCACAACGGGUUACAACUUCUCCAGUUUAGAUGGGAUAAAUGGCAUCUGUUCUAGUGUUGGAUGUGACGGUGACUCUUUAACACAGAAGAUUCAAUAUGCCACCGAGUAUCCUGAUCGCUCUUACUUGGCUAUCCCUGCAUCUUCCUGGGUGGAUGACUUUAUUGACUGGUUGAACCCAACAUCUGAUUGCUGCCGCCUUCUUCUAAAUGGGACAUUCUGCUCAUCAACAAGUGCAUUGCCUGGCUGCUUGAGAAAGUGUAUGCCAAGUACCACUGGUGCACUAAGGCCAAACCUGGAACAAUUUAACACAUAUUUGCCAGUAUUUCUGAAUGACUAUCCAAAUCUGAAAUGUCCAAAGGGGGGUCUGGGAGCGUAUGAUAACUCUGUGAAAUUUAAUGAUCAGGGAGAGAUUGCAGCUACUCGUUUCAUGGCCUUUCACACGCCUCUGAAGAAUUCCCAGGAGUACACAGCUGCCCUGAAAACGGCACGGGAACUUGCUGCCAACAUUACAGAGUCACUGAGAAAGGUGCCAGGAACUGAUCCAAAUUUUAGAGUUUUCCCUUACACGAUCACAUAUGUGUUUUAUGAGCAAUACAUGACCAUCGUACAGGAGGGACUCUUCACAUUGGCUCUCUGUUUAAUACCUACAUUUGCUGUGUGCUGUAUCCUGUUGGGCAUGGACCUGCGCUCUGGGUUUAUUAACCUUAUCACUAUCAUAAUGAUUCUUAUCGACACAAUGGGCGUCAUGACUCUUUGGGGCAUAGAUUACAAUGCCAUCUCACUCAUCAACCUGGUGACGGCUGUUGGAAUAUCAGUGGAAUUUGUCUCACAUCUCACUCGUUCCUUUGCCAUCAGCAGUAAACCUAACAAAGUGGAGCGAGCCAAAGAAGCAACAAUCAAUAUGGGGAGCGCGGUGUUUGCUGGAGUUGCCAUGACCAACCUUCCAGGGAUCAUUGUGCUGGCCUUUGCCAAAGCCCAACUCAUCCAGAUAUUCUUCUUUCGCCUAAAUCUAACCAUCACCCUUCUUGGACUCGUGCACGGACUCAUCUUUCUACCUGUGGUGCUAAGUUACUUUGGUCCUGGAAUUAACCGAGCUGUAUUACUGGAGCAGCAGGAGGAAGAGGAGAAGGAAAGGAGAAAGCAGGAAGCCAGGAAGGUUGAAGAGAAUGGACACAGCAAUCUUAGCUUUGCAGAGGAGGGGAAACCGCCCCCAAGUUAGAUCCAAUACAGAACAGCACCAAAGACAGACAUUUCUGCACCAUGGCUAAGGCUAAAGCUAUGGCUUAAGGACUAGUGCAUGAACUUUUACAUGUGGAAAUUGUCACAAAA